AUGACUUUGAUAUCGAAUAUCAGAAGACGACAGAGUUUGGACGAGCUGACGUCUUGUCACGCCAGUGCUGCUGUGAAAGCACUGCCCGUGACCAGGAAAACUAUUGAAGAAGAGUCAAGGAAUGAUGAAAGGGUAUCGCAGGUCAUAUGGAUGCUGCAAACAGGAACAUGGCCAAGCAAGCCUAAAGAACAAAUCAACAGCUGGAAGGCUCUGAGCCACGCACUGUCAGUGCAGAACGGAUGCCUGUAUUUUGGCCACAGAAUCGUCGUGCCAGCCUCACUUCAAGAAGCAGUUUUGAAGCAGCUGCUUGAAGAACAACCAGGAAUGACAAGAAUGAAGAUACUCGCCCGAGUAUAUGUGUACUGGACGAACAUCAACAGGGAUAUCGAAGAAGCUGUACGUCACUGCCGCAACUGUCAAGAAGCUGUGAAUAUGCCAAAGAAAUAA